AUGCUAGAUGUGGAGGAGGAGUUUGAAAUUCUAAAAGCAAUUUACCCAGAAAUCGAGCUGGACUCUUCAGCCAAAUCGGGACGGCUCGUGAUUCCGGUUGUGUUAGAUAAGGAGCUGGAGAUCUGUCUGGAAAACAGCGCUCAGGCGCAGCUAAUCUCUAAUCUUAGCCCCAUAGAGCUUUGUUUCACGCUCCGAGAUAAGUAUCCACAGGAAGAGCCUCCACAUGUGGAGCUCCGUGGUGCUCAGUGGAUAGUUCCUAGUAACAAGGAUGCAAUAGUGGCCUCUUUGAUAGGCCUGUGGCAGGAUUAUCGCGAGGUUGUGCUCUUUUCCAUUAUCGAUUACCUAAAAGAGCGCAGCCGUGAUGCUUUCGGAGUGAUUGAUUUUUCGCAGCCCUUGGUGCUUGACAAGAAGACGUACGAGCAAUAUCUGGAGGCCGAUUUGCAGGCAAAACGAAACCAGUUCAACCUGUCAACCUUUAUGUGCGAGAUAUGUCAGAACGACAAGAAAGGCCUUGCGGUACAAAGAUUUGAUCCGUGUGGCCAUAUUUAUUGCAACGAGUGUCUGAGGGAAUAUUUUACCUCCAAUAUACUUCGUGGAGAGCUCGACAAUAUCCAUUGUCCGUCUUUUGAUUGCACAAAAGCAUAUGUGGAGACGAACGACCGCUUGUCGCGAGGCUUAGUGGACCAAGAUAUGAAGCAAUUCGAAAAGGAAUUCUUUGAGGUCCCGCUGACAAAAGAGUUUCUCAACAGAAUAGUCGACCCAGAACUGACGGAGAGGUAUUGGAAGCUCAACACAACAUACAAAUUUGAAAAAUAUAGACGAUUGUUCCCUUUCAGAGUAGCACAGUGUCCUCGUAGACAUUGUGCAAAAUAUUUUCUUCGCAAAGACGAGAACGACUUACUCUCGAUCUGUCCUGAUUGCAAAAUGGCAUUUUGCUUUGGGUGUCUACAUUCGUGGCAUGGCGACCUCAAUAGUUGCAGAAACUAUCUUGGAGAGAAGAUCCCAUUGGAAGAUAUUCAGCUCUGGCUCGAGCAUGAUCCAGAUUCCCAGGUGCGCAAUAAUUUGGCUUUCAAAUACGGCAGAAAAGCGAUUGUCUUUGCUGUCGAGGAGCAUCUUUCAGACAUGAUGUUUGAAGAGCUUAUUGAGUCAGGAGAGGCAGGGAUUGUCCGCUGUCCAUCCUGCUCCCUGCUCAUUCAGCGCUCCGAUGGUUGCAAUAAAAUGACAUGCUCCCGGUGCCGAACCUACUUCUGCAAUUUGUGCGGUGAGACAUUGUCAAGGACAGAUCCCUAUUUUCAUUACAAUAACCCUAUGAACGAAUGUUUCAGACGACUUUUCGACGGACUAGUUCAGGAAUCAUAG